AUGGCGAACCGAGCAACAUCUGUAGCCAUGGUUUUCAUUAUUCUCGGCAUCAUGUCCUUCGGAAUCUCUGUCGCCGAUGCCGACACCAGCUUUGUUGCCCGGACUUGCAACAAGACCAAGAAUGCCUUGUUGUGCAUGUCCGUGCUGCACAUAGAUCCAAAGAGUACCUAUGCCUCCACUGAGUUGGAACUUGCCAACAUCGCGGUGAAGAUCGCCGGUGACACCGCCAACCACAACGCCAAGGUCAUCGAUGACCUAGCCAAGAAAAAGAAGGGCACGCCAGAGGGGGGCGUGUUAAACGUCUGCCUCUGGUCCUAUCAAUUCGCGGGCAAUGAACUCGAGGUCGACGUCCGCACUCUCCUUCAUGAUGGGGACUACAUUACCGCGUCGAGUCUCAUGUUGGAUAUCAAGGGCGUUGGUGAUCAUUGCGAGAAUGCGUUUAAGGGGAUGGAGAAGAAAUCCCCAGUGACAAACAUAGAUCGCGAGAUGACAGAGCGAUGUGGCGUCGCAGGCGAACUCAUUGCCAUGCUUAUCCACAAGUGA